AUGGGCCAAUCGUCACCCCCUGUGGAGCCGAGCAGCAUGGGAGAUAUUACCCAGGAUGCAGCCUGUCGGUGGAGCACGAGUUGCAGUAAUACAAAGGGUUUGCGUGAGACACAAAGAGAAUAUCAUCGGCUCUGUGCCAAAACCCACCCUAGCAUACCACUUUAACUAAAGCAAUAUAUUGGGACAUACAUUCUAAGUGCUAUGUUCAUGUAAAUAUGGGAAUACGUCAUAUUCUAUGCUGUUACUGUAAACAGUAUUCUCCCAUCUCUUCCAAUUUUAACAUAGAAAGUAAGUAGAUACUGUAUCGUUGGCUUAUGAUAUCAUCUUCUAUCCCCACGCUGUAUACAGUGCCAGUCUCUCCCUACUCUGUGGCAGUAGAUGGUACUCCAGCUGGAUACUGCAUCUGCAUUGACUGUCUGGUAUUGACUUAGCCUUCCACCAGUCAUCUCAGUGCUGCUUGAUUCAAUUGUGAAGGGACAAUGGAGUAGAAUGAAGUGACCUGUGACAUUGGGCACAUCGGUUACCGCCCCAUGAGACCUGAGGGGUGUCUGGUUUCUAUUGGUCGAAACUGCAAAAGAGUGAGUAGGACUGGAAGGGUGUGUUGAUAGUCAAGGGUAGUUGAUCUGAUCAUAUUGGGAUCACAGUGUUGGAUCUAUAUGUAACUGAUACAGGAUAGGGGUUGAGAGGGUAUGGUGUGUGUGUGUGUGUGUGUGUGUGUGUGUGUGUGUGUGUGUGUGUGUGUGUGUGUGUACGUUAGAGCUGGGAUGACACCAACCAUACCGAUCACUUAUCGCAGGCAUUUUGCUGAUAUCGUUCAUUACAAUAAGGAGCCUAUCCUAGAGAAAUAUGAAAUGUAAAAUGAUAUAAAUUAGCUAAUAUGGAUGAUUGUUAAUGGGACAAUUGAUGGCUACAACCAUCAAACUAGAAGUAGUAGUUUAAAAGGACCAUUAAAAAAGGUUUCCAUUAAUAUUAUAAACGUAUCAUUCAAUUUAUCAUUAUCACAUCAAUUCAGGCAUUUUAUCGCAAAAUUGAUUUUUGGGGGGAGGGUCCAUAUCAUUAAGCUUUACCGUGCAUGCAUGUGUAUGUGUCUGUAGCCACCCUGCCGUUAACAAGACUUAUAGUCAAAGGAAAUUCAUUGAGGUUAAUUUCACAUUGCCUGGCCUCAGCUCCAUAACUCCCAGAAUUGAUGGGACGCUGUACUGUCUGCCAAGGCAGCUGGGUUAUCUCCUUCUGUAUAGAUUAAGCAUGACUCCUCUUUAUACACAUGCAAGGGCUCUAGCCCCUUUUUGUAAUCUAUCAAGACCUGCCAUACUAUUCUACUGGACGCCGGUCAACAUGAACAAUGCACUGGACAAACAGACAUACCCCUCAUCACACACACAAACACACAGGCUGUGGGUUGUAGGUAGUUAACCUGAGUCUUAAUGAAUGUGUCGGCCUUUAGACUGUGUUUCACUACGUCCUAUAGGAGUAGGAACCUAAUUCCCCUCAUCCACCACUAAUGAGUAGAUGCAAGCCAAGGCAGCCAUUUUGGCACCCGAGCUCCUCUCAUCACACACCACACUGGUGUUCACACUGAAAUGGCGGGUGUGAAACAUCCACUAGACUGGCUAUGUGAAAUAAUGGCUGCGUCCUUAAUGGCCCCUGUAUCCUUUUUAGUGUGCAUGUCUAGGGAAUAGGGGGCCAUUUCAGACGCCGUCAGAGAGUCAUGGAGGUGUGAAACACCGACUGUACUGAAAAUGUCUACCAGAGAGUCAGUCUCACUCGGAGAAACAGCCAUGGUAUACUGUAUAUCGGCUAGUAGCUAACACAAACGGUCAGGCCAUUACCCAUUUGUCUUUGGGCCAUUCUGCCUGUUUGCUAUUCCAGUCAGGAGUCCAGUUGGAGGAUGCAGGCAGCAGAGCUUAUCACAGUACUGCCUCUGAGUCACACAUACAGGCUGGCUAAUAGCCGACCGCUAGCUGUCUGUAUGUCUGUUUGAGGAAAGGGAGGGAGACGGCGAUGGUGAAAACGUGCUAGCAAGGCUAAUGAUUGAGCAUCUCAUCUCACUACGGUUCAGCUGGACAUUACAAAUGAGAUUUUAAUUGCGCAAAAUGUUUAUGCCUUAAGGAGUAGGACUCUAUGCUGUGAGAAGUAGCUGUGACAGUAAUUUCAUCAUUAACUUCCUCUCACAGGUGCUGGAGAUAUUUUUACGCUGACACACCGAGGUUUUGUGUAUGUUGAUAUUUGAUGUGAGAUCUUAAGGCGGUCUUUAAAAAGUCCCAGAUGAAAAUGGAAUUAUCAGUAUAGCUCCGAGCUCAAUGUAGCUUAUUUAGAAGUAAGAUCUUGAUUUCCUUUGCUUGUGUUCAAAAGCACUACCUUAUGUAAACCGAUGCACUCUGCCUUAUGCAUCAGCGCUCAAACAUCAGGCUUUGCAUAAAUGAAGUCGUCAGUGCAGAAAUGGACAGUGGCAUGUCCCCUAUACCCAAGGCUGCACAGCCUAUAUCAAGCACUAUGUAUGCCAACACAGGAUGGAAUCAGUGGGAAACUGAAUUGGCUCAUUAAACAGUUGGAUGAACUGAAACAAAGAGCCUAAACAGCCAGGGAAGCCAAACAGAAAUCAUUUGGGGGGUUGACAAGUAUAUAGACUAUUAUUGUGGAAGGAAGUUCACAGACCUGCUGAUUUGUAUCUUACCCUCACUAUGGUCAAUCAGAAGGCAUGCAUUCAAAAUAGAAUAUUAUUUGAGGAUAGUAAGUGGUUUAUAGUGAACUGAAUGUGUUUCUGUGUUGUUUGUCUAUCUCUAUGAGUGUCUGCACAGCGCUGUUCCACAUCUGUCAAAGUCAAUGACUUAUUGGCUGCAUUCCUAAUGAGGUCGGUGACUGACAGUUAGUAGUAUGAGCUGAUUGGCUGUGAUCCCAAUGAGGUCGAUGAGUGACAGUUAGUAGAAUGGACUGAUUGGCUGCAUUCCCAAUGAGGUCAAUGAAUGACAGUAAGAGCAGGGUGGGCACAACCUCAAUUAUAAAUCUCUAAUACCCUUCAAAGGAGUGGGCACAGAGGUGGGUCAAUGUGCCAACUGGAAUGGAAUAUCACACAGCUUUUAAUAACAUUUAAUAACAAUCUGGCUGACACCAUUUCUCCCCCCUGUCUCUCGUUUUAUUGCCUCACUUUAACGUUUCUUAAAUGUCUGAGCGGCUGCUUCGUAAUGACAGUCAUUCUGGAAGAGGCCAAUGCAAUUGCAGGGGAUAAUAGUGUACAAUGCCAAUCAAUGCUUAUGCUACAGCCGACACUUUUUUGUAUUAGCAACUUCUAUGUCAUUAGCACUAGAAGUCAAUCAAUCAAUCAAUCAAUCAAUUUUAUUUUAUAUAGCCCUUCUUACAUCAGCUAAUAUCUCGAAGUGCUGUACAGAAACCCAGCCUAAAACCCCAAACAGCUAGUAAUGCAGGUGUAGAAGCACGGUGGCUAGGAAAAACUCCCUAGAAAGGCCAAAACCUAGGAAGAAACCUAGAGAGGAACCAGGCUAUGAGGGGUGGCCAGUCCUCUUCUGGCUGUGCCGGGUGGAGAUUAUAACAGAACCAUGCCAAGAUGUUCAAAAAUGUUCAUAAGUGACAAGCAUGGUCAAAUAAUAAUCAGGAAUAAAUCUCAGUUGGCUUUUCAUAGCCGAUCAUUAAGAGUUGAAAACAGCAGGUCUGGGACAGGUAGAGGUUCCAUAACCGCAGGCAGAACAGUUGAAACUGGAAUAGCAGCAAGGCCAGGCGGACUGGGGACAGCAAGGAGUCACCACGGCCGGUAGUCCCGACGUAUGGUCCUAGGGCUCAGGUCUCUCAGUUGGCUUUUCAUAGCCGAUCAUUAAGAGUUGAAAACAGCAGGUCUGGGACAGGUAGGGGUUUCGUAACCGCAGGCAGAACAGUUGACUGGAAUAGCAGCAAGGCCAGGCGGACUGGGGACAGCAAGGUGUCAUCAUGCCCGGUAGUCCUGACGUAUGGUCCUAGGGCUCAGGUUCUCAGAGUGAAAGAGAGAACGAGAGAAUUAGAGAGAGCAUACUUAAAUUCACACAGGACACUGGAUAAGACAGGAGAAGUACUCCAGGUAUAACCAACUAACCCCAGCCCCCCGACACAUAAACUACUGCAGCAUAAAUACUGGAGGCUGAGACAGGAGCGGUCCGGAGACACUGUGGCCCCAUCCGAAGAAACCCCCGGACAGGGCCAAACAGGAAGGAUAUAACCCCACCCACUCUGCCAAAGCACAGCCCCCGCACCACUAGAGGGAUAUCCUCAACCACCAACUUACAAUCCUGAGACAAGGCCGAGUAUAGCCCACAGAGGUCUCCACCACAGCACAAACCAAGGGGGGGCGCCAACCCAGACAGGAAGAUCACGUCAGUAACUCAACCCACUCAAGUGACGCACCCCUCCUAGGGACGGCAUGAAAGAGCACCAGCAAGCCAGUGACUCAGCCCCUGUAACAGGGUUAGAGGCAGAGAACCCCAGUGGAGAGAGGGGAACCGGCCUGGCAGAGACAGCAAGGGCUGUUCGUUGCUCCAGAGCCUUUCCGUUCACCUUCACACUCCUGGGCCAGACUACACUCAAUCAUAUGACCUACUGAAGAGAUAAGUCUUCAGUAAAGACUUAAAGGUUGAGACCGAGUCUGCGUCUCUCACAUGGGUAGGCAGACUGUUCCAUAAAAAUGGAGAUCUAUAGGAGAAAGCCCUGCCUCCCGCUGUUUGCUUAGAAAUUCUAGGGACAAUUAGGAGGCCUGCGUCUUGUGACCGUAGCGUACGUAUUGGUAUGUACGGCAGGACCAACUCGGAAAGAUAGGUAGGAGCAAGCCCAUGUAACGCUUUAUAGGUUAACAGUAAAACCUUGAAAUCAGCCCUUGCCUUAACAGGAAGCCAGUGUAGGGAAGCUAGCACUGGAGUAAUAUGAUCAAAUUUCUUGGUUCUAGUCAGGAUUCUAGCAGCCGUAUUUAGCACUAACUGAAGUUUAUUUAGUGCUUUAUCCGGGUAGCCGGAAAGUAGAGCAGUAUAGCCUAGGCUAAAAUACAUUCUGCUCACUAUUUCUGUAAGGGCUGGUUUCCCAGACACAGAUGAAGCCUAGUCCUGGACUAAAAAGCAUACUCAAUGGAGAAUAUCUAGUCUCGGCUUAAUCUGUGUCCAGCAGCCGGCCCUAAGAGUAUAAAGCAGGGUAUUGUGGGGUAUUGUUCCUGGCUAUCAAGCUUCAUAACCAGACAUGGUAUCUAACCCUAUAUAAAUAGCCUGUCUUAAACACCCGGCCAGGAUAAUAAAAAAAAAAGACGUAGACUUUCUUAAUUAAAAUUCACAAGCGGGGGUUGCCUUGAAAAAGUCUUAUUUUAAGUUAACGGGAAAGGGAACUUUUCCUCCGCAGGGCAGGGGGUGGAGGCGAGAAGAGAUUACCAUUUUAAUGAGUAGUGUAGAAGGCUGAGCAGACCAGAUAGACAGACUAGGCCCUCACUGGGUGAGUGGGCAUCCAAGCCAAAGUCCCCUGGGAAAUGGAGUUGAUAUUGCUGACAGAGAACUAUUAAGCUAAGCGAGCAUCUCCAUGUGAGUGUUUGUGUGCGUGUCACCAUCCAUCUAGAUAAAAAAAAAAACACUUAAGACCCGGACAGCACUACAGAAAUUACCCCUAGCCUCCCCAUCAAGAGACACAUACCCUUUAAGAUACCUUUAAGAGGCCAUUAAUCUACUGUUACCUCAUCAAUCAACAGGACAUCCCACUGGGCACAGACGUCAUUCAACGUCUAAUUUUGAUUACAUUUUUGGUUGAGUUUUCGACUAACAUGAAUUCAACUUGAAAUCAACAAACCAUUUCAACAUGUCAUUGGAUCUAAGUUAAGGUUGGGUGGAAAAAAAUACGAAAUUAAAUCAGUUUUCCACUUUGAUUCAACGUCAUCACAUUGAAUUUCUUCGUUGAAAUAAAUGACGUGGAAACAACGUUGAUUAACGUUGAUGUGAGCGGACACCUGGGGCUUUGCCCUUCGUGCCAGCUCCCAUACCCUAUAAUUCUGUAUUUGUCUGUGUAGACCAGAAAAGCCACAUCCCUGAUUGGCAGAUGAGUGGCAAACCUGAUUAGAAGCACCUGCUGCUCAUCUGUUGUUCUUUACAAAUGCUAUUUUGAAAUAAAAUAACAUUUUACCUACACACUGAAGAAGGCUGUAAAGCCGAAGCGUCUGUGUACGCUAUCCCUGAUGCAGUGAAAAUAAUAAAAAAACAUUGAAUAAUGAAGUAAGAUUUUAGCAACAUAUCUUUGAGUGCAAACCCAUUAAACCUUUUUGUUUGUCUGAACAACGUUGAUUCAACCAGUUUUUGCCCACUGGGAUGGCUCUACCUACUACUGUGUCUAGUGGUUUACUGGGCCUUACAUACAGUUAAUAAUCAUCUAUGUAGCACUAUUCAUGUUCAUAGGGUGGACAUCGAGAGAAAGAUCAUGAAUCUGUGUUAUUGAUUGAGUCCUUAGAGGACAGUCAUGGAUCAGAUGGAUCCCCUAUCAGGUGCCAUUAGUUGUAGAGGUGAUGUGUGUUGUCCACUUGGAAAGUGAUUAUUGAUUAGUUAUCAAUCAAAUCUCAGCUAUCUAUCAAUUAUGUAUCCUAGCAUAGAUUAGACAAGAUUCACACAUGGAUUUAUCCCAAUCAUGAAUAGACUAGAUGAAUGAGACUAGAUGUUCCUUCCCAGAUCUCAACCAUACACACACCACCAUAAGUUUUCUCUCUGUUGGUGAAAUCCUUUUCCUAACAUGCCUGUGGAAUCUAUGACGUAUCACUAAGAAUGAUGAUCCAACAUAGCCCUCCCCUCUGCUGGCUUUGACCAGACAACUGUGAUGAAUGUUGGACAUUGUUAGACGUGCAUGUGAACAGAGUCUGAACCAGGCAGUCAGUAAGGUGUUAGAUUAACCCUCUAGAUGGGGUGCUGACAUCUUAUUGGGCGUGUGUGGAGGGAGGGAGUGAGUGAGGCUCGCGGUGGGUCUGGGUGCACAUGCCUAUCUGCCAGCCUGUGUGUGUGUGUGUGUGUGUGUGUGUGUGUAUGCAGGUUUAUACCCCACUGGCAUGUUGCCAUACAGAUAACUACUACACUCCCCCACAGUGGGUAAAUGCAUGGCAGAAGAAGAGGAUGGGAUUGGUACUGACACAUUCUCCUCACAGCGUCUAGCCUGGCAUGUUGUAUAGAAGAGGGCAAUGUAAUUACAACCUGUUACCACCCUAUUUAGUCCUGUCUCUACUGGGCUGAGGGUAAUGGAAAACAAACAUUGUCUUAUUCCAUUUGCAGGCCUCCGCUGUGUUCGGGCGUACUGUGAACACACACACACACACACACACCGCUCACAUCAGCGAAUAGAUUUUUAGAAUGAUUUUCCUGGGAAAGAUAGUGAACUGAGCUGCUCAUUUCCACUUUGUGCUGACAAUGGCUUUCCCAGAUUCAGUCUUGGGGGCAUCCGGCCAACCGUUUCCAAUGAAUAUCCAUGGUCUCUUUCGAAUGUUUCUGAACUGAGAGAGCACAGUUCAUGUUAGUAUUCUGAGCUGGGCAUCAGGGCAAGACAGAAAGGCAUACUUCUGUGAAAGCAGUGGAGGUGCAAUUGUGUCAUCUUUGCAAUUCAAUGAACCUGUUAUAGAAUUAAUAACAUGAAAUAGUGAAGUUAUAACUAUAGUAUUUAGAACUGAAUAUAGUAAAUGCAGUACGAUCUUUCAAGAAAUGUGAUCAACACAGUAUCACUUGGAGUGAGAAAAUACCUUGGUCUGUUAGUCCAAGUUAUACAGCUUGCUUGAAUCAUUCCCCAAGUCCUCACCCACAUGACGUAUCAGCUUUGUAAACCAUUUAUCAGCUGCCAUUAUACAGAUACUUCUGACUCCAUCGUUAUCGGGUGUGUAUGUGUAGAUUAAUGAAGCUGCCCACUGCCCAAUGUGCUUUGAUCCCCGUAGUCUGGGCUCAGAAAUCAAUACCCCACUGUGGCCAGUCUGCCACAGGAACACACACACACACACACACACACACACACACACACACACACACACACACACACACACACACACACACACACACACACACACACACACACACACACCAGAGUCGAUAGCCUAGUGAAAGUCUACACACCCCUCAUUUUUAAUUUUUAAUUAAUUUAGAUUUUACUUUGAAAAUGUGGAUUAGGUUGUGUAGAUCGGUAGGGAAAAAUAUAUUUUAAGGAAGAAAAAUGUGAAGAGUGUGCAAGGGGUGUUUAGACAUUCACUAGCGACCGUAUAUAGGCAUGCCCAUUCAGUCCAAAACCAAGGAACCAAUGUUACUAAUAUAACUAGGAUUGGGGCUAUUAGAAACCUAUUCCCUCAAUGCACAAAGAGGAGGGUACCGUAAGAUGAUCAUAUAGCCUUUGCUUACUAUUAUCACUGUAAUUUAUUCGCCAAUAUUUAUUCAUCAUGAAUAUACAUUAAAAUCAGUAUACCACAUGGCCUGAUGGGAUGAUGGGGAUAUGAAACAGUAUAGAUUAAGAUUAUAUUCUCUGUUUCUCCUCUCCCUGCGUCAGUCUUGGCUCUCUGAAGACAUAGGGAGUGAGUUGGCGGACUUUCCUGUCUCGCAGGCAUUCUCCUGCACAGACACACACACACACACACACACACACACACACACACACACACACACACACACACACACACACACACACACACACACACACACACACACACACACACACACACACACACACACACUCAUCUGUGCCCUAAGGGGAUAAGCAUGAUUGACAGUGAAAGAGACUUGCAGAGGAUUCUGAACUAAAUCUGAUUUCCUAUUGGCUGAAGUCUGGUCCUGUGCUCACGGUACACUCAAUACCACCUGACAUCAACUAACUAACUAACACACACACACACAGUCACACUCAUUCUCCAGGCUGCGGCAGUGAGGGUCCCCAGAGCAUCCUGUGUGUGCAGAGAGGGGUAUAACAGAAAUAGACAGGAGUGAUUUCAGGUAAAGUCAAGAUGUAGCGUAGGUGUGAGGGUUAUUCAUUCACAACACAGCUGGGACCCUGCAGGUUUAAAUGCCUUCCAACUGUUCUAACUAAAGCCAGUCCAGAGGCACUAAUGUACGGUAGAGGACGAAGAACAGAACUGGGAUUUGUGCUGUAGUCACCAACUGCACAGGAAUAAUACAACAAGGAAAACCUAGCCUGAGUGACAGUCUGUUGGAGCUAUCAUGCGAACUCCUUUUCAUUCAUUGUCAUGCCAAACAGCAAUGUUGUUGGCAUUGGCGAGAGCCCGAAUGGAUCUGGGACCAGGCUAAGGAAAAUCCCAACAGGUGUUUGAAAAAUAGGAGUUAAAUAUCACAGUCAGAUAGAUACUUCCUGUCCUGUAGUCUGAGAUAAUAAAACAUAACCCCCCCCCCCCCACACACACACACACACACACACAGACACAGUAUUAUCCAUUACAUGGCAUCUCUCCUUCCAUCCCUCUCCUUCUGUGUCUUCUCCUUCUAGCUAUCAUUGUUCUGUUUUGUAGCGCUCUCUCUCACUCUAACUCACUCACUGACUCACCUUGUUUACGACCAGUCAUAAAUUCAGCUGCUGCUCUAGCCCGGGUGAAAGGAGUGAUUCCAUUUGCAGGGCCGCAAUCCGCAAUCUACGGAUCAAUACUGUUUGCGCUCUGUGUAUUAAACCCAUAAAUCUGUCCGAGGAGCGAUUAUGAUUGGCUGGAGUGACAGUUAACUUCCUGCCCUGGGUCAACUGGAGAAAUGUGGUUAGAGCAUUUGUUGUUAUCGGAUGAUAGAUGGGAUAUGAUUUGAUCCCUGUGCGUUUUAAAUUAGAUGCGGUGGGAUUUGGUGUAGUAAAAUAGAUGUAAUAAAAUAAAAGGUUGAAUGAAAUGUGGCGGGAAUAUAAAUGCUGAUUUAAUGAUCUUCUGUUCUGAAUCAAAGAUUCCCUCACUGUUAGAGUGCUUUUCUUUUCUUUGGUUUUGGUGUCAAAUGUAUUUCAAUUCCUGUCAAGCCAUGAAUAGAGUGUUACAUGUACAGUAUUUAAUGACUAGAGCACCUGUGAAUGUCUAAGCUAUUCUACCACCGUCUUUAGUCUAAACGUUAUCCUCUUCUCUCUCUCUCUCCCUCUGUCCAGGGUGCUUUGAGUGCUGUGUCAAAUGCCUGGGCGUCCUCCCGUAUGCCUCUCUCUUUGCUACCAUCCUUCUGUACGCUGGGGUGGCGCUGUUCUGUGGCUGCGGGCACGAGGCCCUCUCUGGCACCGUCACCAUCCUGCAGAACUACUUUGAGGUAGUCCGAGCACCCAUGGAAACCCUGGAUGUCUUAACCAUGUGAGUGUGGGUGUGUUUGUGUGGGAGGGGUGUCACAAUGUUUUUUGCCCUUUUCAAAAUGACUCAUGGUCUAGUUAGAACACCUACAUGCAGCCUGGAGAUGUGUUGAAACUCAAUGAGAAGAAGUUGCCUUGGAAUUAUCACUAUUCCUACUUCUUGUCUGACUCGACCCUUGGAGCAACUACCCUUAUUAGUGUGGUUGAAACAUCAGUCUGUGUUAUUAGUGUGGUUGAAACAUCAGUCUGUGUUAUUAGUGUGGUUGAAACAUCACUCUGUGUUAUUAGGGUGGUUGAAACAUCAGUCUGUGUUAUUAGUGUGGUUGAAACAUCAGUCUGUGUUAUUAGUGUGGUUGAAACAUCAGUCUGUGUUAUUAUUGUGGUUGAAACAUCAGUCUGUGUUAUUAGUGUGGUUGAAACAUCAGUCUGUGUUAUUAGUGUGGUUGAAACAUCAGUCUGUGUUAUUAGUGUGGUUGAAACAUCAGUCUGUGUUAUUAGUGUGGUUGAAACGUCAGUCUGUGUUAUUAGUGUGGUUGAAACAUCAGUCUGUGUUAUUAGUGUGGUUGAAACAUCAGUCAGUGUUAUUAGUGUGGUUGAAACGUCAGUCUGUGUCACGAUCGUCUAAUGAGGAGGACCAAUGCGCAGCGUUGAAGGUGAACAUGACUUUAUUUAAAUUAAAGCCUAAACACGAAAACAACAAACAAUGACGAAACGUGAAGUCCUCCGUUACAAUGACUGACAAGGAACAAAAACCCACAACACUAAGGUGAACACUGACAGUUUAAAUAUGGCUCCCAAUCAGAGAUAACGAGCCGACAGCUGACACUCGUUACCACUGAUUGGGAGUCACACGACCAAACAAUGAAACACAACCAAAUACAACACAACCAAAUGAACACACCCUGGCUCAAAAUACACAGUCCCGGAGCCAGAGCGUGACAGUCUGUGUUAUUAGUGUGGUUGAAACAUCAGUCUGUGUGUCCUCACAAGAAAGUGCCCUAUUUUGAAAGGUUCAGUCUCUGUAAAGGGAACGGUUCCGAUCUCGCGUCUGCUAUGACUAGAGCACAUAGUUAACACCUUAUUGAGACACCAUAUCCUUGGUCGCCGUAGUUAGUAAAAUCUACAUGCCCCCCCAAGUAGUCCCUCGUGAUUGCUACUGGAAGAAAGUCACAGUUACUUAACAGGACAUUUUAUAAAUGGUUUUCUUCUAAAGUGAUUAACCAUUAGUGGUGCACAGCUGUCUCGUAAGUGUAUAUUGAGGUCCUACGUUGUCAAAUCUCCCUUACACCUACACUAUUACUCAGUAUCUAUACAUAUCCCCAACAAGAUGAAUCAUUCAAACAGGAUUAAGUUAAACUAUCCUUGCUCUCCCCUCCCUUAUCUUAAUACACAACAGUAUAGUACUGCUGUCACGGUGCUGUGUAUGGGUGUGGUGUGGAAUCAGGCGCAGGCAGCAGAGGGUAAGUCCAACAAGACUUUACUGUGCACGAAAAGUAAUCCAAAACAGCCCGGAGGCAAAAGACGCACACAGGCGUAAAUACAAGCGCACACACAGGUGCGUAAAUCUCUCCUCACAACACAAGGAGGAAGCUCAGGAAAAUAGCGUACCGACACGGGUAGCGCAACCACGACACGAACAAUCACACACAACACAAACCUAACAACAAGGAAACUAAAUAGGGUGCUAAAUGAGACCUAACACAAAACAGGUGUGACUAACAGACAAAACCAAACAAACACGAAACAUCGAGCGGUGGCAGCUAGAACUCCGGAGACGACGACCGGCGAAACCUGCCCGAACAAGGAGGAGGAGCCGCCUCGGCCGAAACCGUGACAACUGCACUGUUGAAGCUAUGAAGAGUCUCAAUACGCGCAAUAGUGAAUUCUUAAGCUAUAAUUCACAUCUAAAAAAUAUAUUCAAAAUGGCUGUCUGGUGAAGAGAGGUUUAUUUAUCAGGUGUUUGAUCAUGAAUAUGUGUGUGUGUGGGAGGGAGAUCUUUCCCUGACGCAGCACACUGACGGAGAUCGAUUUUUCCACUCCUGUGUGUGUGUGUGUGUGUAUGUGUAUGUGUGUUUGUGUGUGUGUGUGUGCAUGCGUUUGUACGCGGGCGUGAUGUCUUGGCACGGGGCCUUUGAGGGAUUUAAGCCCUCUGAAAUCGCUCUGGGUUGUCCCGGGCGCACCUGCUCACCGGAACUCCGCCUGCCGAGAGAGAGAGGGGGAGGGAGGGAGAGGGUGUGUGCCAGUGACUGCAAGUGUACGUGUGUGCAUGCAUGCAUGAUGUGUGUGCUUCUACUAGAUGUUGGAAAUGGCGGGAGAUUGUGACAUGAGCAGUAGACCUGGCCUAACUGAUGUAACUGGGCAUUUUAUACUGAUGUAACUGGGCUUUCUAUACACUUUCUAGGCCACAAAUAUGUUACUGUACUAGGUGUGAAAUUCACUACAGAUUGAGGGUACAAAAAAACAAGCUUUAUGCCUCUAUAAAAUCCUCUUUAUCAGAGGAAAGCUUGUGAAAUCUACCCACUGUGUUUGUCUCAAACUAUCUCCGAAAUCUCUUCCUAACCUGCAGGAAUGGAGCUAACGCUAACUUUCCUACCCAGGCUCUUUCUGGUAAAUUAGAGCUUUUUACAUAACCCUACAGCAUUAAACCCACACUCAUUAGCUAAAUGGGAGCUAAUCCACUAGUUCAAGCAAGGAGAAAAUGCAGAAUGACUGUGGAGGCAAACUGACUGCAGUAUAUAACCAGAAUACUGUCUGUCACUGCUUGAAGUAAUAGAAUUUGUGGGCUGCUGGGCCUAAAAAAAACAUAAUAGUACAGUACUGUACUAAAUGGCCUGCACACUCAAUGCACAUACCUGUAUUGGUUAGCAAUGUUUUGAUUCCAAAAUGGAUCUUUAUAAGUUCCUGUCAUAGAGAUCCUAUCAAAUGACUACUUAAUUAGUAUUCUAAUUCCUAAUUCUAUGGUUCCUGGGAAUUAAACCGCUCAUCUUGUUGUGCUAGCCACACCAACUGAGUGAUCCCAUCGCUCUGUUCCUGUCUCUCUUUCUUUCUCCGCAGGAUUGAUAUCUUGAAGUAUGUAAUCUACGGCGUGGCGGCAGCAUUCUUCGUCUACGGCAUCCUGCUCAUGGUGGAGGGCUUCUUCACCACCGGAGCCAUCAGGGACCUGUACGGAGACUUCAAGAUCACCGCCUGCGGACGCUGCGUCUCCGCCUGGGUAAGACACACACGCAAAUCAACCACUAUCUGCGCCCUAUGCACUCCUGUAUUUCUGAAGGCGUUGGAUAGAUAUAAGCAUUAGGGUAGACAUUUAGGACACAUCUUUCUGGAGGAAGUACCCUAGAGACGGGAUUAGAGAUUUGGUGAUGGAGAAGUUCAGUUUAAGAUGUCUCUCCUUUGAAUUAUGGCCCAAUACUAAUGAAAGCUGAUGAGUCAGUCAACCUUCUACCGUGACUUACAACUGUCAUAUUCUCUCUCUCACUAAUCCCCCAAAAAUAUUUCUUAUCCAUUUUUCGAAGGGGAGAAACCCGAAGGCGAAGAAGAAAAGAGGGAGGAAAGGGCAAGAGAAAGAAGAAAGAGAGAGAGAGCGAGAAAAAAAAAACAAAUCGCCUAGAGAACACACAAAAGAGAGCGAGGAGAGCGAAGCUAGAGAUCGAUAGAUAGAUCGCUAACAUCCUCGAUGAGAGUCGGAAGCGAGAAGUAGAUGCUCUCAUAUCCUCUCGCUCUCUACUAUCUCUCUCUCUCUCUCUCUCUCUCUCUCUCCCUCUCUCACUCUCUCUCUCUCUAAUUAACCAUUCCCUUUUUUUCCCUCCCUUCCUGCAGUUCAUAAUGUUGACCUAUAUCUUCUUCCUGGCCUGGCUGGGUGUGACAGCCUUCACCUCGCUGCCCGUCUUCAUGUACUUUAACAUCUGGACCAUCUGUCAGAACACCACUGUGGUGGAGGGGGCCAACCUCUGUCUGGACCUGCGCCAGUUUGGUAAGGGCUUGCCGGGGGGCGCCGCCAUCCAUUCACACCAAUGUUGCCAUUUACAGUAUACGUACACUGUCAUUGACACUGGUAGUGGUUAACCAGGGCUUUGGUGGUUUAUUUCCAGUUGUUUGUGUGUUUGUUGGUGCCAAGCGAAGUCACUGAAACGUAAAUGUGAAUGUGGUUGUUGUUUUUUCUCAGGCAUGGUAGCUAUCGGGGAAGAGAGGAAGGUGUGCACGGGCUCCGAGAAGUUCUUCAAGAUGUGCGAGUCUAACGAGGUAAGGGUGUGUGUGUGUGCGUGCGGGAAUGUGUGUGUGGCUGAGGAGAGAUGAAGGGGGAGGUGAGGUUCUGUUGGCUGUUAUCUUUAGUGAUCGCCGCACCUCAGGGGUUAGGCUCCUCUCUCACAUUGAAGGCUGUCUGUCCAUAGAGGUGGAAUAUGAUUCUCAAAUCAUAAAUGCUUUUGGGCAGUGUUUCCCAAUCCUGGUCCUGGGGACUCAAAUUGGUGCACUUUUUGGUUUUUGCCCUAACACUCACACACUUGAUUAAACCAAUCAACUAAUCGUCAAGCUUUUGAUUUGAAUUAGGUGCUUCUGUGUUAGGGCAAAAACACAAAAUGUGCACCCCUUUGGGACCCCAGGACUAGGAAUGGGAAACACUGCUAUAGGGUUCCUCUGUCAUUUUAAAUGGUGAUUUGUGUGAGUGAGAUGAGUGUAGUGGCGCUACCAGAUUUCUAGGGGUUUUAACUUUAACCUCUUGUGGAAAGGAAACAUAACUUAAUAAAGAUUAGUCUGUCUUUUCAUUUAACCUCUAUCCUUUAUCCUUUUGUCCUACCUCUGUUUAAUUCCCUUUGAAAAAGUGAGCUAAUAUUGCACUGGUACAAAUCUUAAUAAAUCUUGCCCUAUCUCACUCUCAAAGCAACCGCUCUGUGAUUUAGUUUUUUAAUCUCAACAUGACCUGGCAAUAUUGUAAACACAGACAUUACAAGUUGGAACGAUGCUUUGUGUCCCAUUUUGAAUACCAACAAAGCAAGCACUGAUGUUGUUAAUUGUCUUUAAUUCCUGGUGACUAAUAAAGCUGUGUUGUGUUUGAUUGUCUUUCAGCUGGACAUGACGUUCCACCUGUUCGUCUGUGCCCUGGCCGGGGCUGGGGCUGCCGUUAUCGCCAUGGUGAGACAAUGGCAAUUGCAGCUCUACUUUAUGUCUGAGGGUUGUGUGACCUGCCCAUUGGUCCUUAAUGUCUGUUGAUAGCAUCGCCACUCUAUUCUGUCACUCCCCUCUGUCUGAACACAUAAAGAUAGGCAGCCAGGGUAAACCUUAGCGGGAGAGGAUUGUCUUGUUGUGUGGGGACAUUUCAAAGAUUAUACUACUAGGGAUUCAAGAGAUUGGUUAUCGGGAGAAAAACUGACUGUUUUUUAUCCUGCUGAAGUUGAAAUAGGUCCUCUCAGUAUUCAGAGCAAUGUAGAUCGAGAAAGAGAGUGAUCGAGGGAGAAAGAGAAAAACAGAGGCAGAUUGAGUGAGAGACACAGAGAGAGACAGACUGAGAGAGAGACAUUGAGUGAUUGUGGGAUAGAGACAGUGAGAGAGAGACACACUGAGAGAGACACACAGAGAGUAAGAAAUAGUGACAGAGAGAGACAGACAGAGAGAGAGAGAGAGAGAGAGAGAGAGAGAGAGAGAGAGAGAGAGAGAGAGAGAGAAUGAGAGAGAGAGAGAGCUAUAGACAAGAGAAGGUGUGAACCCAGCGAUGGAGAAGCACAGGGUGCAGUUGCCAUGGAAACUGGGGAAGAAGAAAGGAGAUUGUUGAGAGCAGCUAAGUGAUGGUGAGGUCUGGAGCAACCGUCUUCACUGGAGAAGACUGCUGCGUCUGUAGCCAGGGAUACACAUUUAAUGAAGGCUGUUAUUCGGUAUCUAGUUCCUUUUUAAACAAAAACACAUGUUCACAGUGAAAAUAACAGAGAAAUGUUUUGUCAAAACAUCAACACUAGUUUCUUAUGGUUUGCUUGUCAUCAAAUAGAUAUGUCCAUAACAGCUUCAUGUUACCACAAAAAUAUAAACAACGUCACACAUUUCCAGUCCUUAGACCCAUGAUGUAAUGUUUUAAAUCUACAAGUAGGACAUUGCUGCUGCGUUGUCUGAAGACUAUAAAAGACAAGAGAAGGUCAAAUGAAAUGGUAAUCAAUUUGGGCGGGAGUGGCACUUCUUCCUUGGACCACAACACAAAGCCUGUAUCUGUAGCCCAACUGUGUGCACUUUGGCCACCCGUGGAUAUCUAUGGUAAUACACAAUGGGAUGACACCUAAGUGUGUUCGUGUUAGUUCUCACUGAGAGCCAAGGUUUAGAAAACGGUUAAGAAAUCAAUAUGCAUAGACAAUAUUGAUGUACCAUCUUCUCAUCUAAUAUUUUCUGUGAUAAAUUAUCUUAAAUUGUAUGAAUGAAGUACUGUCUGUAUCUCCAACUGGAUCUAUCUAGGUGAAUCUGUUUAUUCAUUAUGAGUUUGAGUCAUGUCAUUAUGUAACAAUAGAAUAGAAUAACUUAAUUAUCCCAAGAUUGGGAAAUUCGUUAGGCAUGUUAAUCUUCACAACAUCAAUACAGCACAAUAUCAUCAAUAGAUAAAGACCAUACACUUGACCAAUGGCCAUAUAUCCUAGAACUGGGCCAGAGGAGUGCAGGUGUUUUUCUUUAUUUAAUUACCUCAUAACUACUUCUUCAGAACCUCUGCAGCGGAUGCUCUGGUUGGCUGAUCACUGACACCUCACUGCCACUCAGUGGAGAAAAUAGUUACUGCAGAAACACAUCAGGGAUAUGUUCAUUAGCUAGGACACUCAACGUAGUUGCUCCCUGUUUCACUCCUUCUUCUUCCAUUUGGUGCCUAAUGAACCCGACCCAGAGACGAAUAACUGCUUCCUCACUAUCUAUUGUCUCUCCUUCUCUCUUUCUCCCUGGUCUGAUACGGACAGGCGUCAGCUGCCACGGUCCUUGUCCGUAACUAUGUCCUCCUGACCUCUCAGAGUCUGGGCAAAUACUGCACCCGCUUCUGACGGGGGCCUAUCGGUUGGCCCAUCACCUUCACCCCUGACCUCAGUGGUCUCAGUGACAUCACUGUACGCCGUCAGGAGUUGAGAGGAGCCGACCGCCUCGAUAUCAACAUGGCCGAACUGAACUCUGAACCUAGGAGCUUAGGGGUCGCCCCCAACGCAUCGCCAGCUCUGUCAUCGGUCACGUCACAUGAUUCUGUUAUUAUUCACAAAAAUAUGCUUUGCUGGCAGCAUUAAUUAUAAUAACCAAGCCCCUCUGGUUGCUAUUGAUAGUUAUAUUGAUAACCUAGCUCUCCUGUCACGCCCCGUUCACCUGACUAGCACAAAUGCUGACACAACCAUAACAGACACAGAGCUCAUUAAAGAAUAAGGUUGAUCAACUAAUCCAUCCCUCAAAUUUUGGUUUGUUUGUUUUGGUUUUAAACCUGUGACGGCACAGUGACACUGACCUAAAACAUCUGUUUUGGGUUUUUGGUUAUAGCUUUGUCUAAUUAUCUAACAAAUUCUGUUCCAGCCUAAUUAAUUAAUCAAUAAACUCUCCCCUGAGUUAUAGGCUUGGUUGAGCGGUUAACUAACCUCCCACUAACAUCCCUGAAACCCAUGUGUCCCUCUAAUACAGGUACACUACCUAAUGGUGCUGUCUGCUAACUGGGCCUACGUGAAGGACGCGUGCCGGAUGCAGAAGUACGAGGACAUCAAGUCCAAGGAGGAGCAGGAGCUACACGACAUCCACUCCACUCGCUCUAAAGAGCGUCUCAACGCAUACACAUAAAGCCCACGCCUCCCCCUGCCCCGUCCCCCUAUCCUUCCCCCCCUCUCCAACACACACACACACACGUCCAUGACACACAUGCAGCAGAACACACACAGAAACCACACAAGCUAUUCAGUGUCUGGUGUUUAUGUUCGUAGGGGCACAAGGGUAAGGGGGGUUUGGGGUGUUGUGUUGUGGGUGGUUUCGACUUCACUAAGCUUACGGGUGUGAUGAGAUAGGUUGUUCCUACGGGAUAUUGUGUGUCUUCUCUGACAAACCCUUCUUUCCUGUAUUGAGAUUUCCUUUCUAUUUCUCCUCCUCUUACUCCUCCCGUACCUCUACCUUUUCUUCUUCUUAGAUCCUACUCUUUCCCUCUUCCUCCUCUUCCACCUCUUCCUCUCUUUCUUCACCAU